AGAAGGUAGUGGAUAGCUCAACCAUAUUUUGUUGUUCUUGCGACUGACUACAGUAGAAACAACGAAGCGAGAGCACCAAGGGUCGUUAUACGUGUAUAGUAGUCCACACAUCUAUAUUUUAAUCUACGCACCAGUAGGCCUAGGAGGGAAAAGAAGGCAGAAUGCUCCGCGCCUCCUCGCGUCUCGGCAUCUACGAGUACAAGUUCGGCCAGCCCUCACUGAAGAAGGCGUUCGGCACGAAUAUCGUGCCCGCCGUGAAGCCACGGCAGCCCUCUGCUCUGCGCUCGACGAAGUUAGCGAACGGCGUCCGUGUGGUGUCGCACGACCUCGAUGGGGCGGUGACCUCGAUCGGCGUCUUCGCCGAUGCCGGCCCGAAGUACGACCCGAUCGCCACGCCAGGGCUGAGCUACGUGAUGCGCUUCGCGCUGCAGACCUCCAACAUGGACAGCUCCCUCUUUCAGAUCGAUCGCGUUAUGCGCUCCACCGGCAACGCCUACGGCCACGGCGAGAUCGGCAAGCGCUACCUCAGCUGGAAGGCGGAGGGGCGGCGAGACAUGUGGGAGAUGCCGUUUGAGAUGCUCGCGACGGGCGUGGUGGCGCCGCGCUUCCACGAGGCCGACAUCGAGCGCUUCCGCGAUACGAUGGACAACCAACUGGAGGAGAUGCGCUGGCAGAACCCGCGCGAGUACGCCGUGGAUCAACUAGAGACCGUUGCCUUCUACAAGGAGCCGCUCGGGGCGCCGCGCAUGGUGCCGAAGAUCGCGAAUGAUCGCUGCAGCCACAAGGCGCUCUUAGAUCACUGGGCGGCGAACUUCCUGCCCAGCCGCAUCGUGAUUGCCGGCGUCAACGUCCCGCACGACGCGCUCGUCGCUGCGUACGAGAAGCUGCCCUACAAGCACUCCGCCGAGGCCCCGCACCACGCCCGCGCGGCGUCCCCGCAGCUCUCCCACGCAAACGAGGAGACGCAGUUCUACCCCGGCAGCCACAACGUUGAGUACGAAGCCCGCGCGUCGGCCAUGGGCUCGAUGCCGGACAUGCAGGCCGAGGUGAUCGCCGCAGUGGGGGUGCCGACGUACGGCCGCGAGGCGGGUGCGAAAACGUACGCGGCGGCCCUCGUGACGCGUGAGGUGUACGACGAGGCGGUACGUGCGGUGUACGGCAGCCGCGGCAGCCCGAACUACUACGGGGUGCAGGUCUUCUACCGUCCCUACUCCUCUGCAGGGCUCAUCGGUUACACCCUUCGCGGCGCGCCCGGGGAGGUGGAGGCGAUGAUCAAGACGGCCGCCAGCGCCUUCCCGGCAUCGGUGGAGGAUGCGGCGGUACAGCGGGGGGUGCACUGCGCCCACGUGCGGCUGCUGCACGAGCAGACGGAGAUGGUGCGCGACUACUGCGACUUCAUUGCGACGUCGCCGUAUGGUGUGGGGGAGCUGACGCAGGCAAUCGCCGCGGUGACGAAGGUGGACGUGGAGGAGACGCUGAAGAAGAUGCUGGCCAAGGCGCCCUCCAUGUACGCGACGGGGGACACGUUUAGCUUCCCUCUUGUUCCGGCUCUGAACCGCCACUAA